UUAUGAAGAACUGGAGCAAAUGCAAACAUACAGUGCGAAGCCAAGUGUGAAGUAUGAGGGGUACAAGCAUCAGCCCAAUGCCCACUCAGCCAAGCCAGAUGGUUGCACUCCAGCAGACAGACGUAAAGCCCUGUAUCAGAAGUUCUACAGGCAGGUGCAGGAGGAGAGGAAGGCGGCCGACUGCGUGGUCCUCUCCGUCACCAGCCAGUGCCUGGAUUACCCCAAAUCGCUAAGCCAGUGCUUGCAGGAGCGUGGCCUGUCAGUGGAAAUGCUCUACCUUCAGGCGGAAUCGGGCCUGACCCGGGCCCUGCAGGAUGUCCGAGCAGAAGGCUCCUCGUUAUGUAUUCUGGUGGAGCAGACAAACGUAGCUCUGUCCUCCUGCACUGUUAUCAUAUUCUCAGAAUCCCUCAAAAUCCAUCGCAACAUGCCCAAAGACCAGGCAAUGGACUUUGUUGCAGCCGAGUACAGCCGCGGCCUCGUCAAAGAGCGCCCUCCGAGGGACCCCGCGGACAUCGCAGCGCAGGCGUCACAGCUGCUCGAUGACUUUCUGGAUCGAGAAAAGAUUGAGCGCCACACUGUUCCCUCCGAAACCCGUCCGCUCCUCAUGCUGUUAGCUGAGGGGGUCCAUCUCUACUCCGAGGAGCUGGAAACCAUCUCAGAAUACGUCCGUUCCCGGCAGGAGCACCUCCAAGUCUCCAACACGGAGGGGGAGAGGGGUAACAUGUUACCUCCAGGACUGGGGAAACCACCUCCUCUGCUCCCUACUCCACCUGGGGCUCCUCAACUGCAGUCUGGACCCGGAGCAGGGGGGUCCAUGAUGGACCACAAUGCUCCUUCACCCUCUCCUCUCUUGCCUUCACCAGGCUCUUACCCCAAAACCAAACCCCCGCCGCUGCUGUCCUUGCAUCGACCUUCCGGCCCAUCAUUAGGGGCCCCAUCUCAGCGAGGCCCUCUGUCCUCGCACAUCCCCUAUGGCGCCCCCACUUUGCCUCGUGGGCCCCUACUCCACCAUGCUCCUCCAUACCACACAGGCCCCAGAGGCCCUCAUGGGAACAGAGGGGCCCCGCCAUCUCUAAAGAGUUCCCGCCCUCCACUUCUCUCUUCUCCAGGUGCCCCUCUUCUACGACCGAGCGGCCCCCGACACUAGGAAAUGACACACACGCAAACACACACACACACACACACACACACACACACACACACUGCCAGCUGUAACAGGAGACUCCUGGUCCCUGCUUAGGAUAUCUGUAUGAACUUUCUAAAAAAAAAAAAACACCCAGUAGUAAACCACAUGCAGUUAGAUGGAAAGAUGUUAGUUAAUGUUUGAUAUUCUCACUUGGACUGAUGGAGGAUGGUAUGGAGUGUUGUAAUGACCGGUCAUUUUAAGCAUAUUUUCCAAUCACCCCUCAUUGUCAUUAUUUUCCUUUGAUGAUUUACAGCAUUUCUCACCCAUCCCAUUAAAAAAGCAUGUUCUGUACUUCCAGUCUGCCUUUUAUAGAGCCCACACUGUUGGGGUCGGUUACUGUGACAAGCUGCAUAGACCUUAAAGGUCUGACUCACCUAGCUCAAAUAAAAACCCCACAAUCCUGGUGACUGAUUGACAGCUGGUUCAUAUUUCAGGCAGCAAAAAGGCGACGUAUCGUCGGUCACACUAUGGUGAUGGGACUUUUAUUUUUACUGUAUUUAAAGAACAUAGCAAGUACCUGCCAUAUACAGUGUUUCAAGAUGGUGCUCAAGAUUUCACCGGUCCACAACCAAUGGAAAGUUUGUUCAUACGAGCUGUUUUCUCUUAUUUAUAUCUCAUAUUUUAGCACUAGUAAUCCCUCUGAAGGAGUUUGUGGAAUGGUUCUCAUUCUAAAGUUACAUGUACAAUCUUUACAAUGAAUCCUUUAUAAUUUAUUACAUUCACUUGUAUGUAAUGCUUCAUAUGCUUUGUUCAAGUGAGAUCAUAUAGAUCAUAUACCCUGGCAGUGAAAGUAUGGUCCCCCCCCCCAGCAACAUCUGGACUGGCUUUGUUUUGUCAUCCUGAAUAAAAAUAAUUUUGUGUUGCUUUAAAGGACAAGACACAGAUAUCCAAUAGGAAGAUGAACCUCGUUAUAUAUUCUGUCUCUAAUUUAAGAAGAAUCCAGGUGAACAAAUACUGCAUUGUCUUCACAGAAGGGUGCAGAGCGUAUAGGAGAGUUGUCAUUAAACCCACUGAUGUAGUCUCAGAAUAUCUGGUGGUUUGACCUGUAUUGAGAUGAUCACUCUGGAUUAUUCUAAUUCAGGGAAACGCUCAUAAAUCAUUUUGUACUGUAACAUUUUCCAACUGUGUGCUGUUGAUUGUUUUUCUAACUUUUGGCUCAUUGCUAGGAACUGUAGAGUAUUCUGGUUUGGUUGUUAAUAUUCAUUUUGCAAUACUGUGUGGCAUUUGUGGAGUCAGGAGUCGCUGUAAAUCCACAACGGCUCACUGUGUGUACUUGUGUUGUUACAUUUGGUUGUGAGUCCAUCAAAGUGCAACAGCUCACCGAUCACACACCAGAAAGAAAUCAUUUGUGAAAAGAAUCUCCCUUUUAAACUGCUCAACAUUUGCUUCUUUUUGUAGAUAUUUACAACCUGCAGUCUCUCUUUGGUCAUAUAUACGUAUAUAAAUUGUAAAUGUCCAACUACUUGCGCUCUGGAUUAGUUUUUUUUUUUAUAUGAUGCUGUGUUCAUUUUCAAAACAUCUACAAACGUUUGAAUAUGUUAUUUUGGUUUGAUGAGCAUUUUAAUUGUUUUUAUUUUGUUCAAGAGAGAAUGAACCACAAGAAAUAAAGACGACCUCCAUUCA